AUGGUAGGGUAGAAAAAGGUACGAUACGAUAAAGCAAAAUAAGGUAUAGUAAGAUAGGAUAAGGUAAGGGUAUGGUAUUCUAAACCAACAUCAUAUCUUUUUUAGAAAGACAUCAUAGCAGCAGUAAAAUGGAUAGAAUCCGUGAUUCAAAUCCAAAGCUCAAGUGUGAUGUACAAUAUUACCUGGAACGACCUGUCACGAUGUUCCAAAAACAUUAUUCCACCAACCGCCAAAUUAAGCCAAUCAUCUGGCUAUAAGCUACAAUCCUUAAAUCAGUUGACUGACUUCACGAAUUUUAACCUAAUUUUAAGAGAUGGCUCAAAAGAAUGUCAGGAAGAUCCUUUCUUGUUGGCUGCUGCUACACCGUGCCUUCAGAAGAGCAAAGAACGGUAAUUUUUUAAGAUCAUCAUGCUGUUUGUGCAAUAUGCCAUUAAAUGCCCAAAUACAACUAUUUUGUUACCUAAAAAACUUUUAACCCUAUCAAAAUAAACGAUUUUAACAAAGCAAAGUUAAUAUCCUCAUUAUAAAAUUAAAAACCAGAACCAAAUAUUACCAAAAGUUUAGUCCCCAACUAGGCCUAAUGAUAUUAUGCACCAACUCCAAGGCCUGGAACGGCUUCACUUCUGGAAUCGACUUGUUCAAGCACGAAAUAUUACACAGUCUAGGCUUUGGCACAUUCAUUCCAAGCAAAGCGGAACAACGUUCUCCGCCGUCCACGGUUUUGUCUCAACGUGUUGGAGUCAACAAAUUUGUAAAGCAAGAUGUUCAUUACAUGGAUUUCGCUUCAGAAGCUUUGAAACAUGCAAGGGAUUACUUUGGAUGUUCAAAAAUGGUCGGGAUCAAUGCUGAUGAUGAACAGAAGAUGCAUUUGGAUGAGUACAUCUUUGGGGUAAGGUUUAGUAUCACUUAUAAUAGUUACUAUUUUAAGCGUAUUUUACAAAAAAAAAGUAAUUUUUUAUAUAAAUAAUAUUUUUAAAAUAUAUAUUUCUAUCUAAUAUGUUUCAGAAUGAACUAAUGACUCCCAUAUUGUCAAAAGGCAAUAACUAUUUCACCAAAAUCAGUGCUUCAAUACUGGAAAACACAUUUACUGGAGAUAAGUAAGUUCUUCUCAAUGCAGACACAGAAAAAAAUCACACCCCCCCAUCCCCUUCUUUCAGAAAAAGUUUUUGAAAAAGAGGUUCAACGUGGUCCCAAUUACUUACCCAAAAACAUUUGGAGCUCAUUUAGAGAACACAUCCGCCUCAUUACGCACAUCUUAUUAGACCAAAAUUUCCCGUCUCGCGCUGUACAUAUGCCCAUAUUAAGCCUUUAGGCAAUGGUACAAGACCAACAGCUUUAUAGUGGACCAACAGACUAGAAGUUACUGGUAUGGACGGAACGCAGGCUGCGAGUUUUUGACUCAAAGUUGUUAUGAGUUUGGCAACAAAAAGUCAAAAUCUGCUUUAUCAUUGUAAGACAUGCCAAUUUAAACCAAGCUUUUGCCAAUAUUUUAAAAUUUAGAAUGCCAAACAUUUACUUCGUAUUAAGGUCGGCAUUUUGAUCCAUUUUUUCAAAACUGCAAUUUUUAAAACUUUUGAGUUUAACGUAACAUGUAAAAAACUAAAAUAACAAUACCUACAGCUAACAAGCUACUUUUCAGUCCAGCCUUUCCAUUUUGUACCGAAACAAAUCUCAAAGCCACUGUUAGCGGUCAUAAACAAGAUCUUUGUUUAGGUAAUGGAACUGAAAAAGUACAACUGAUGACAUUUUGCCAUAUGCAGUCAAAAACGUACGAUACUACGGUAAGAACUUAUUGGAAUAAUCACUAAUCCUAUUACAAAAAAAAUUUUUAAAUUAUAAGGUAACGCAAUUUUUCAGAGUAUAACAUUAAACGACAUGUUCCCACAAACUUUCAAAUCCAAGCCCUUAGUCUAUGGGUCGGUAAAUGGCUACCGGGGUUGUCCGAUAAUAUCAGUAAGUGCAUCUACUGCUGAACAUUGCAUUACUUAUUAA